UCUACUUGUGGCAACCUCAGAUGGCACCAUUUUAUAUGUAUCCCAAAAUAUUCUACAAAAUUUAGGAUUCAACCAGGUUGAUCUGAUGCAUAGGUGUCUCUAUGGAAUUGUGCAUCCAGAUGAUCACCAUGAAGUCAAGAUGGUUCUCGAACAAACCAUAAUUGACCCGAGAUGCCAGCCACAAGAAAAGUCUAGCAACUACAUCCAGCAAAUGCAACAUGAAGGAAUAGAAAAUGUAAAUAGAGUGCAGUAUGACCAUGCCCCACAUAUAACACCCAAAGCAGUUUCUUUUUUAUGCAGAAUGAAAUGCUUUAAUGGAACUGCUACUGGAUAUUUGAAAAUGCACUGUAGCGGCCAUAUGCAUUCCUUGCCCAAUGCCCUGAAGUCUACUCGUACCUCUUGUCAAGUGGUAUUUGCAUACUGUCGUCCAUUUAUGUUGUCCAGCAAUGACCCAGAGAGUGAUCUCAAGCAGAAUGUGUUCUGGAGUAAACAUGAAAUGGAUCUCACUUUUAAACAGCUUGAUAAAAAAUCUGUGGAUGUGAUAGGUUUUAGCACAGAGGAGAUAGAUGGGAAGUCAUUUUACUCAUUUGUACAUCCAGAGGAUCUGGCCACUUGUAUUGCAUGCCACAAAGCAUUCACAGAGAGUCAAGAAAUCCAAACCAUGUAUUUUCGAUUCAUGUGCAAGAGUGGCAAUUGGAUCUGGCUUCAUACUAGAGGAAAGGUGGUCUUUAAAAAUGCAAAGAAGUAUUCUGUUGUUUUCUCACAUUGUCCUGUCAGAGAGGAGGACAGUACAUACAUUCAGCAAGAAGUGAUGUUGAGGACCAGAUAUGCCAUCCAGGACCUGAUGUACAGCACCAGUCUCCAGCAGUGGGGGGACAGGACUGAUGUCUACCAGGAGCUCAACCAGAGCCACAACACCAUUAGAGCAGUGACCAGGUAUCACCCAUAUGGAGGCUUGAGGGAGGAGGAUGCCAACAGUCUACACAGUCCACAUGGCACAUGUCCUUCCAGCUGGCACUCCAACUCUGAGCGCCAUUCUCCUGUGUUUCCAUCCACACACAUGCCACACAAGUACUUCCAGAGGGAAAGGCAGUACCAUAUGGAGGAGAUCAAAAGGAAAGCCACGGAAAAGGAGAUGCAAGGGAUGGUCAGUCAGUCCUCAGAUCAUCAAGGGAUGCUUCUACAUCAGCAGAAUGGCCCAGUGGGUCCAGUCUCAGGUCAGCUUCAAGGUCCAUUGAAUAACGGCAUGCACCUGUACCCUCCCCCUCCUCAAGGGAAUUUAGCAGAAUUCCAGGUAUUUGAAAACCAAGGGUACCAUGCCAGACAUUUUCAAGUUGCGCCACAUUUAAAUGGUUAUGCCGGAUCAGCAGCAGUUGGGUUUCCAGCCAUCUUUGGUGGGCACUCUCAUGAACCUCAUGAUGCCACCCCUCAGGUGGCCCAGGGGUAUCAUGCUUCUCCUCCUCAUCAACAUCAUCCACCUCAUCCUCAAUUUGGGGUCGAAUUUUGGCCCCAUCAUCCUCACACUCUUGCACAGAUGCCACCACAUUUGCCUCUUUCUCCACCACCAUCUCCCUCUCCACAUUACCACUGGAAAACCAUGGAGCCUUCUUCAGUGUCCUAUGUAACAGUUGGGGAGUAUAGGCAUUAUAACACUGAUCCCCAGCAAGAAGGAGGAGGAAGAGGAGGACAUGCAACAACUAACAGACAUUGGCCAGUAUACAAUUCUCAUUUCCUUCAUCAUAUGCCUACGUCAGAGGAGUCCCCCCAUCAGGUGAAUAUGUCAUCAAUGAGGCAUGAUCCCAGAUAUGUUCCUGAAGAAGAUGGUUACAAUCACCAGUAUCAAGUACCCUACAGACUAUCACACAAUCCCACCCAGCCACCAAUGUCACAUGCUGACCAACCAUCACUGCUAAAUCACAGACAUUCAAAUAAUGCUUUUCCAGACCAUGGCACCUUCUAUACGAACAAUUCUGCACAUCAAACACAGUCCACAGAGCCAUCCAGACUUGCUCCAAGUGAUAUAGACAUGUCAACCCACAUGAAGAUUGUAGAGGAAGGAUCUGGUAGCCAUGCCAGUGGCAGCGCAACUGGGCACCCUGUGAAUUCACUGCCAUCUGUUGGCAGUUUUCUGGAGUACUUGAAUGAUGUUUAA